AGCCGUGUUCCCUGCAGCCCCACCCAAGACUACAGAGAAAAUGCCUUUUUCUAUCCUAAGCGGCACAAGAGUCCUUUUCUGGGAGUGCAAAUGGGCAGGCAGGACUGGGGAUAUGAGAAGGAUUAAUGAGGUACAGGGGACCUCCGGCCCAGACGUCUGAAAAGAAUUCGGAGCCCAGCCAAUUCCAUGAGCAGCAAAAACUCGGUGGAGCUGCAGAGGAUGGUGGCCCUCAGAGACGAGGGCUGCCGAAACCCUGGCUUUCAGAAUGACGAAAUCUGCGUUGAAAGCCAGAACACAUCAGGAAACGACAACUCAUUAAGGAGCAGAGUUGUACAAAACAGAGAGGAUGAAAAUGGAAAACAGGAUGAAGAGCAAGUCACCAUUGAGGAGGAUUCUCCAAGGAAGGAGGAAGAGGAGGAAGAUCAAGAGACACAUCAAAAAGGGUGCCUGGAAAACAAGUGCGGCACAGUUUAUGAUUUUUACAGGGAACACAAAACAACCCUUCAGUAUAUCCUCAGGGGCAUUUUACUAGCAGGGUACCUGGCCCUGGUGAUUGCAGCCUGCGUGCUGAACUUCCACAGAGCCCUUCCUCUUUUCGUGAUCACAGUGGUCGUCAUCUUCUUUGUGGUCUGGGAUCGCUUCAUGGCCAAAUAUGAGUCGCAGAUCGAUAAGUUCCUGUCUCCUGGCAGAAAGCUUCUGGACAGCCACUGGUUCUGGCUGAAGUGGGUGACUUGGGGCUCCCUGAUCCUGGGAGUUAUUUUGUGGCUGAUCUUCGACACCGCCAAACUGGGCCAACAGCAGCUCGUGUCCUUCGGUGGACUCAUAAUGUACAUCAGCCUGACAUUUCUGUUUUCCAAGCACCCAACCAAAGUUUCCUGGAGACCCGUCUUUUGGGGAAUUGGGUUACAGUUUCUUCUUGGACUUUUGAUACUAAGGACUAAACCUGGAUUUAUAGCUUUUGAUUGGUUGGGCAAACAAGUUCAGACGUUCUUGGAGUACACCGACGCUGGCGCUUUGUUUGUCUUCGGCGAGAAAUAUACAGACCAUUUUUUUGCAUUUAAGGUCCUGCCAAUCGUGGUUUUCUUCAGCACUGUGAUGUCCAUGCUGUACUACCUCGGAUUGAUGCAGUGGGUCGUUAGAAAGGUGGGAUGGGUAAUGCUAGUGACUAUGGGAACAUCUCCUACUGAAUCUGUAGUUGCUUCUGGCAAUAUAUUUAUUGGACAGACAGAGUCUCCACUGCUGGUCCGACCAUAUUUACCCUAUGUCACCAGGUCUGAACUCCACGCAGUCAUGACUACUGGGUUCGCUACCAUUGCCGGAAGCGUCUUAGGUGCAUACAUUUCUUUUGGGAUUUCAUCCUCUCACUUGAUAACUUCUUCAGUUAUGGCAGCACCUGCAGCACUGGCUAUUUCUAAACUUUUUUGGCCUGAGACAGAAAAACCUAAAAUAACCCUCAAGAAUGCCAUGAAAAUGGAAAAUGGUGAUUCAAGGAAUCUCCUCGAAGCUGCAACUAAUGGAGCAUCCUCAUCCAUUUCCCUGGUGGCAAAUAUCGCUGUGAAUCUGAUUGCCUUCCUGGCCCUGUUGUCUUUUGUGAAUUCAGCCCUGUCCUGGUUUGGAAACAUGUUUGACUACCCACAGCUGAGUUUUGAGAUAAUAUGCUCCUAUGUCUUCAUGCCCUUUUCCUUCAUGAUGGGAGUAGACUGGCAAGACACUUUUAUGGUUGCCAAACUCAUGGGUUAUAAGACAUUCUUCAACGAAUUUGUGGCUUAUCAGAAACUCUCGGAAUUGAUCCAUUUAAGGCAAGCAGGUGGACCCAAAUUUGUGGAUGGUGUGCAGCAAUAUAUAUCAAUUCGUUCUGAGACCAUUGCCACUUAUGCUCUCUGCAGCUUUGCCAAUAUCGGUUCCCUAGGAAUAGCGAUCGGUGGACUCACAUCCAUAGCCCCUUCCAGAAAGCGUGACAUCUCCUCAGUGGCAGUGAGAGCUCUGAUUGCGGGGACCAUUGCCAGCUUCAUGACAGCCUCCAUCGCAGGCAUACUCAUCAACACUCCUGUAGACAUCAACUGUCAUCACAUUUUGGAGAAUGCCUUCAACUCCAGCUUAGUUAGAGACACAACCAAUGUAGUAUCUUGUUGCCAGAGUCUAUUGAGCAGCACUGUGGCCAAGGGCCCUGGUGAGAUCAUCUCAGCAGGAAACUAUAGCCUGUACUCGUUGAAGGACUGCUGCAAAUUGCUGACUCCGUCGACGCUGAACUGCAGUUGGAUCCCUAAUGCAUUUUGAGUUCAGCCACUUCUCCAACAGAACUCUAAGUACCAGUGCUAAAUUUUCUGCUUGGAAGAGGGAAGAAAAAAAAAAGCUAUUUCCAUAGAUUGAUACUUCUGUCAUGGAAUCAGCUUUCAUUGGAAAGAAGAGACAUAGGAGUGAGCAGUUCAGAUCUACAUCUUCCUCCUCCCUGACCCCUUCCCUACUGUGAAGAGCUACUCACUGGGGCAUCCCCGAGUGAGCUAUUGUCCCCAAAAUGUUUUUUGCCUCGGAAGGAAAUUUUAGAGACGAUGCUGAGAUGCUUUUUAAUGAAAUGCCUAUCAGCAAUGCUCUUUAUUGCAUGAAGCCCACACUGUAUGUGAAAACACAAACACUAAUGACUGGAUUAAAAGAGGGGUUCACACUAAAGAAAAAAUGUGAAAAAGGUUUUGGAAGACCUUAAGUAAUUUGUUUUCAUUUUUGUUCACAAACAAGAGUGAUUAAAAAAAAAAAAAUCCAUGUGUCAAGAGCUGAUCUAUGUAUGGAGGUAGCAAUGGUGGUGGUGGAGGUGGUGGUGACGUAGGGACCUGAAUGCCCAAAGGACUCAAUCUCUGAAGUACAAUACACUAGGACAUGUCUAAUUAUUGAUCAUUUGCAUCAUAUUUUUCUUGGAGCUCACUGUGCACUUUGAGUAUUUAGACUUCAUUUUAGAAAAAGAGGUAUAUGUCCUUUCCCUCUGUUCUCUGUGUUCUGGUGUCAGCCUUCAUAAAAGCCUAUGGCCCUGUGUGUUAGGGAUGCCAAUUAUUCAUAUGCUGGUUUUCCUUUGUUUGCUAUGGCUAUGAUUUUUCUUCUCAUUCCUUUUUCUCUUUUUAACUCUUUGCAUUUUUCUACUCUGUUUUAUUCCUGAGGUCUCUAAGAGAAUCUCUUUGCUGUUUCUAGUAUGCCUCUGUGACCAACUAAUUUUUAAAUUCUGUCUGUUGCCAUUACUAUUCCUUGGAUGUUUUAAGCUCUGUCUCUCUCUUUUUAAUUUCAUGAGAAAGUUAAUUACUGCCCUAUUUUUAAUUGUUUUUUUUCUUUUCAAAUUCAAAAAGUAAUAUCCAUUUUUAAUGAAAAGUGGAAAUAUCACAUACACACACCCCUUCCUUUCCACCCUGUUCACCCCAGGUCUCUUUCCAGUACCACACCCUGAGAUUAUGGUUAAUUGACUAGCACAUGCACCUUUCUCUAAACAUAUAAAAAUGUGGGUGAUUUGUUGUCUCUACACAAAUAGAACGAAUCUAUUUACAUCACCUCCAACUUCUUUUCACUUGGAAAUAUACUUUGGAAAUUUCUACAAGUCAUUAUAGUUCUAGCUCCUGCUAGUGUGUGUGUGUGUGUGUGUGUGUGUCAGAUAGAGAGAGGGAGUGUGCUCUCACACACAAUUUUAACAUAAAAGAGAUAAUAUAUAUUCUGGGGAAGGGAAGGAGUUAGAGGUUUUAUUUUCUUGCUGCUUCCUUCCUUCUUCCCCUGCCCCAUCAUAUACAAAGCCCAAGUUAAAUAACCUGAUGCAUAGCUUUCUGUACUUUUUUCAUGUUCUGGUCAUAUUUUACAAAAUAUCCAUUUAUUGAGUAUUGGAAUGGUAGUUUUACAAUACUGGAAUUACAUUUCUAUGUGGUUUGGUUUUUUUCUAUAAUAAUGCUUUGUGGAUAUUCAAGUCCACCGACAAAACUAUAAUUAUUCUUUUCAAAGUCUUCAUAAUUGCCCAUGACAUAUUAUGUAUAUGUGUUAGUCAUUCCUCUAUGGACAAGCAUUUACUUUGUUUUCAGGUUUGUAUGGUUUUGUUUUUGCUACUUUGAAAUGUGCUUGUCAACAUAUCAGUGCUUUUAUUUUGUAUAGCAGUGCUAUCUCAUCAAUAUAUAACACAAGUUGCAUAUAACUUAACAUUUUUUAGUCACUAUUGAAAAAGUAAAGAGAAACUGGUAAAAUUC